AUAUUAUUUGUAUGCAGUUGGCUGUCCUGCAGCUGUGCGCGAAGUUUUUAUGUAUUACUUAUUCUUGCUAUAAACGUUUUAAAUAUUAAUUACAAGUGUACAAGUAUUUUCUGUAUUAAAGGAAUAUUUUUUAAGUUGAAAAAACGUUAGUUUCCAUAUUAACCAUUAAUAAGAAAAUAUGUCAGACGACGAAGAUUUGGUAUACGUAAAGAAACAACAAAUUGUACAUUAUGGAUCACUCGAAGAAGCAGAACGUGCUCGUCUUGCCGCAGCAGCAGAGGGUUCGGAAGAAGAAAAAGAAGCCAAUAAUUCUAACGAUGCGAUUAACGUAUCCUUGGCUGGUAACAUACACAUUUCCAACGAAUAUAUGGAAUUGGAAGAUGAAAUGUCGAAAGAUAGACAAGCCUUGUUGGAGGAAUUUGAACGCAGGAAGAAGGCCAGACAGAUCAACGUAUCCACGGAUGAUUCAGAAGUAAAAAAAAAUUUAAGACAGUUGGGUGAGCCAAUAUGUUUGUUCGGCGAAGGUCCUGCAGAUAGACGGACCAGAUUGAGAGAGUUGCUGGCGAGCCUCGGAGAGGAUGCGAUAAAGAAGAAACACGAAGAAGAGGAAAAACCUUCUCACGCGGUUGAGAGGGACACGGAAUCUACGUGGUAUCACGAAGGACCGGAAUCGCUUCAAAUAGCUCGUAAUUGGAUAGCAACUUUUUCUUUAGCCAGGGCAAAAAUUAGGUUAGAAAAAGCAAGACAGGAUUUCGAAUUGCCAGGUGCUACCCGUACAGCUCGUAGACAAGAACUUUUGAAAAAGCUACAAGCAUUAUCCAUAUAUUGUUCUCAAAUCGGUGAUACAAGACCAAUAUCGUAUUGUCAGUUUAGUCCUAAUUCAAAAAUUCUUGCUACAGCCUCGUGGUCUAGCUUAUGCAAAUUAUGGUCCGUACCAGACUGUACUCUCUUACGAACUCUUCAGGGACACGACUGUAACGUCAGUUGCAUCGUUUUCCAUCCUAAUGUCACCCUUUCCGAAGAGAUUCUAGGAGAUGAAGCAGGGCAAACGUGUGUAUUGGCAUCUUGCGCUUCAGAUGGCACUAUCAAAUUAUGGGCUGGCGGUAAAGGUAAAGAACCUUUAGCAGAAGUUGAAGGACAUGAACCGCACAGAGUUUCACGGAUUGUCUUUCAUCCAUCGGGAAGGUUUCUUGGAACUUGUUGUUACGACGCCUCCUGGCGGUUAUGGGAUUUGGAACAACAGGCAGAAGUUUUGCAUCAAGAAGGUCAUGCUAGAGCUGUACACUGUAUGAGCUUUCAGUGGGAUGGUAGUGUCAAUGCUACCGGUAGUUACGAUUCUUUUGGUAGAGUUUGGGAUUUACGAACGGGUAGAUGCAUUAUGUUCAUGGAAGGGCAUUUAAAACCUAUCUUUGGUAUCGAUUUUUCACCCAACGGUUAUCACAUAGCCACAGCGAGUGAAGAUAAUACUUGCAAGAUCUGGGAUCUACGGAAAAGGUCUUGCAUAUACACUAUUCCUGCUCAUACUGAUAUGUUAUCGGACGUGAAAUAUCAAAGAGGAGAAGGACAGUAUUUGGUUACAUCGUCGUACGAUGAUACGGUUAAAAUUUGGUCGAAUAAAACCUGGCAACCGUUAAAAACUUUGUCAGGGCACGAUAGCAAAGUGAUGUCCGUCGAUGUUUCUCCCGAUCACAAAUUUAUCGCGACUACUUCCUAUGAUAGAACAUUUAAAUUAUGGGCACCUGAAAAUAUUUAACAUCUCUUAACCGUAUCAUCUACGACUAAGAGAUUAUACUCAUUAAAUAAUAGAAAUAGAAUUAUAUGUACUUUCGACAUAAAAAUUUAAGUAACAAAAAUAUUUCCUUGCGCGUAUUUAUAUAUAUAUAAAUCGUCGCGUUGCAUCACGUUGCAUUGCGUUAUUCGCAUACACAUUUAAAGAAAAAAUCUUAUAUCGAUGGUUGGCAGAACAUUCCGAUUAUGCUCUCGUUUUAGAUAAAAUAAUAGAUUUUAAUGAAAACACAACGGUUUUUUGGUAUAUCAUGCAAUCAAAAAGAGAUUGAUCUAUUGGACCCUGUACCAUUGUUAUGGUGCACCUUUGGUUGGCCCUCGUAUCAAACUUAACUUUAUCUCUGAUAAAAGCAAUUGCCGCAAGUAUUCGUAUGCGUUCUGGAAGUUAUUCAAGGCGAAUCGUUGACUGAUGUAAUAUUGUAUUUACAUUAUUAGUAAAUAUUUUUAAUGAAUAACAAACGACUUUGUUUUUUUUUUAACAUUAAAGAU